AUGUUGUCUGCUGGUUCCUUGUUUAGCAAGCGUUGUGGGUUAAGAGCGGUUCAACAGGUUAGAAACCUUUCUAUUCAUGAAUUUCGCUCUGCACAGUUGUUGAGAGAUUAUGGGAUUGGCACUCCCAGUGGUGAAGCUGCCAAGACUGCCGAUGAGGCCUUUAGAAUUGCUCAGCAAUUGGGUAAGAAAGACUUAGUGGUGAAAGCCCAGGCUUUGACUGGUGGUAGAGGUAAAGGACAUUUUGAUACCGGGUUUAAGAGUGGUGUUCAUAUGUGUAAAACUCCCGAGCAGGCUCGUGAAUUGGCAGGUGAAAUGUUGCAACAUAAAUUAAUUACCAAGCAGAGUGGUGCCAAGGGUAAAUUGGUUAGUGCAGUUUACCUUGUUGAACGUGUCGAUGCAAAGCAUGAAGCUUAUCUGUCGAUCCUAUUAGACCGUAAGAGUAAGAAGCCAUUGAUCAUCUGCUCUAGUGAAGGUGGUAUGAACAUCGAGGAAGUCGCUGAAAAGAACCCUGAUGCGAUUAAAAAAUUUUAUAUUACUCCAUCCGAGGGAAUCACUGAUGAGACUUGCAAAGCCAUUAGUGAAAACUUGGGUUUUAGCAAAGAAGCUCAGCCAGAAGCUGCAGAUGCAGUGAGAAAACUGUACAAGAUUUUCUCCGAGAGAGAUGCUACUCAGAUCGAGAUAAACCCCUUCAGUGAAGUCGCCAAUAAUAAGGACCACAAGGUUAUGUGUAUGGAUGCCAAGUUUGGGUUUGAUAGCAACGCGUCUUUCAAACAAGAAGGUAUCUGGAAAUGGAGAGACUUGUCGCAAGAAGAUCCAGACGAAGUUGUUGCCCAGGAAUACAACUUGAAUUUUGUCAAACUACAAGGUAACAUUGGUUGUCUUGUCAACGGUGCGGGCCUCGCAAUGGCCACAAUGGAUGUGAUUAAGCUUCACGGUGGAGAUCCAGCCAAUUUCUUGGACUGUGGUGGAGGUGCAACCCCUGAAACCAUCAAGAAGGCUUUCGAAUUAAUUUUGUCGAAUAAGAGUGUUGAUGCAAUCUUUGUGAACAUCUUUGGCGGGAUCGUUCGUUGCGACUACGUGGCACAAGGUCUUGUCCAAGCAGCUAAAGAGCUAGGGGUCAGUGUACCAAUCGUUGCACGUCUACAAGGUACAAAAUUGGAUGAAGGCCAAGAGAUCAUUCGUAACUGUGGCCUCAAGAUUCAUUCAUUCGAUGAAUUGGACCCAGCCGCCAAAAAAGCUGUCGAAUUGGCCCAAGCACAUCAUUCAAAAGUGUAA